CAGCCAAUAUUGUUUCAGUCUUCACAGAGUAAGUAGCAUUAUUCCAAAGAAGAAAAUAUAAUGGUGGACACAAGCAAUAAUGGAAACCUUCAAGAAGAUAGCAUAAUGCAGGCUGAAUAUGAUAGGAGAAGUGAAGUUGAAGCUUUUGAAGAUUCAAAAGCCGGUGUAAAGGGCCUCUUUGAUUCUGGGCUGACAAAGAUCCCACGGAUAUUUCUUAACAAACACUCCAUUCUGGAAAAGAACUCAGCUGCUAAUGCUGCUACACCUCAAUUCGUUAUUCCAGUCAUAGACUUUGAAGGCUUGGGGGGGAAUAGACGAGUUGAAAUUGUUAACAUGAUUAAGGAUGCCUGUGAAAACUGGGGUUUUUUCCAGGUGAUCAACCAUGGUAUUCCGGAUAAUGUCAUGGACAAAAUGCUUGAAGGUAUACGCCAUUUUCAUGAGCAAGACUUUGAGGCGAAGAAACCUUUCCAUUCACGUGAUGUGAAGAAGAAGGUGACUUACAAUAGCAAUUUUGAUUUGCUGGUGGCACCAACAGCUAAUUGGAGGGACAGUCUUUACUGUGUCAUGGCUCCCAAUCCGCCUAAACCUGAGGAAUUCCCUCAUAUCUGCAGGGACAUCAUGAUCAAAUAUGCAGAACAUGUGAUGAGUUUAGGUUAUACUCUGUUUGAAUUGUUAUCAGAAGCUCUUGGGCUUGAUCCAGAUCACUUGAAAGGAAUGGGUUGUUCAGAGGGGCUUUUCAUUAUUGGGCAUUAUUAUCCUCCAUGCCCUGAACCGGAUUUAACUUUAGGGUUUAGCAGCCACACUGAUAGUGGCUUCCUGGGUAUUGUUUUACAAGAUCAACUGGGUGGCCUCCAAGUCCUGCAUCAAGAUGUGUGGGUUGAUGUUCCUUUCUUGCCUGGAUCAUUGAUAGUAAACAUUGGAGAUAUGUUACAGCUUCUUACAAACGAUAAGUUCAAAAGUGUUCAUCAUAGAGUGCUGGCAAAGCAGAUAGGUCCCAGAAUCUCGGUGGCAAGUUUUUUCAGAAUGCAUUUUCAGGAAGACAGUGAUUCAAAAUCUUAUGGUCCAAUUAAAGAGUUGUUAUCAGAAGAAAAGUCGGCAAUCUACCGGGAGACCAACAUGGAUGAGGUUUUAAUGGUUAGAUACAACAAAGGGCUUGAUGGAAGUUCUUUGCUAUCGCAUUUCAAGUUGUAAAACUAGUGGGUACAUAAAAUCCCGUGUUGAAUAAGUAGGAAACCUUUCUUGAUUUAUGUUUGUGCUCAAAGGUUAAAUGUUGUAGCAUAAAUUUUCUCAAUAGAUGUGUUGGGCUGCGGCUCAAAAAAUCGACUUAAA